AUGGCUUUUACUUAUUCGCUGGGCAACUUCCGUGCCAUCUAUCUUGUGUCGCUUUGCUGCAUCGGGUCUUUUCUGUUCGCCUAUGACACUGGAAUUGUUGGUGGUGUCUUGACACUAUCGGCGUUUCAAAAUGAUUUCAGAUAUACCAAGGCUGAGGCGACAAGCAUCAACUCAAACUGUGUCUCCAUCCUUCAGGCUGGCGCGUUCUUUGGUUGUUUUCUGAUCUGGCCGUUCACUGCCCGUUACGGACGACGCAUGUCCAUCGUCCUAGCCUCGUUCAUCUUCAGCAUCGGCGGAAUCCUCCAGGUCGUCAACACACACUCCAUCGGUGCUUUCUACGCCGGUAGAGUCAUCUCCGGGUUUGGCGUGGGCGCCGCGACCGUCCUAGUGCCCAUGUAUUCCGCCGAAAUGGCACCCAAAAACAUGCGCGGUCAGCUUGGAUCCUGCUUCCAGCUAUUCUUUGCCCUUGGCGUGAUCAAUUACGCAGUUAAGACCCGUGUUCCGUCCAGCACCCUGCAAUGGCAGAUCCCUAUUGGACUCCAACUCGUUCCGGGUGGUCUCAUCGGCUUGGGCAUGCUCCUCGUCAAGGAAUCUGUCCGAUGGCUAGCAAAGCAGGGACGAAACGAAGAGGCCUUGGCCAAUCUUAUCUGGAUUCGCGGCGGUGAUAGUCCCGAGGUACAAGCCGAAUUUGAGGAGAUCCGCUCUAGUCUUGACGAGGAGUCCCGCCUUACCGAAGGCAUCUCGUGGAAAGAGCUUCUGCUGCCGGUCAAUCGGUUCCGUGUCUUCGUCGUGGUCACCAUGCAGCUCGGUGUCCAGCUUACUGGGAACACAUCUCUUGCGUAUUAUGCUCCCCAAAUCUUCGCCGCUGUCGGCGCGGGCAACUCCACUCUGCUUGUCACGGGGUUUUUCGGGGUUGUCAAAGUUGUCUCCGUAUCUUUCUUCUGCAUAUUUGUUGUCGGAAGAAUCGGGCGAAAGACAGCUUUCAUGGGCGGUGCGGCAGCGAUGGGCAUCCUAAUGCUCAUCAUUGCCAUCAUUGUUGCAAAGGCCCCGCCCACUGGUCAUAUAACCGGCUCGUCCAUCGCCGCCAUCAUCAUAGUAUACUGCGAGGCCGCAUCUUACAACUUGUCCUGGGGCCCCGUGUCUUGGCUCUAUCUGGGUGAGAUUUUCCCGACUCGCACCAGGGAGUUUGGAAUCGCAAUCGGAGCUGCUGCACAGUGGCUGUUCAACUUCAUGCUUUCACAAAUCACGCCACAUGCUAUCAAAAAUCUCGGCUGGAAGACAUUUCUUAUGUUUUCAAUCUUCAAUUUCUCUCUGGUGGUUUAUUCUUUCUUUAUACUUCGCGAGACAUCAGGUAAAUCCCUUGAAGAGAUGGAACAAGUGUUCGGGUCGAAGCAAAAUACCAUUGACGUUGAAGCUGGCCGAGUCAAAGCGGAGGAGUUGGAAGCUCAUAAAAUGGGCGCCGAUCAGAUGGUCCGCCAUGUUGAAUAA